AACUUGAUAUUUUAUUUUUCAAUAAAGUGCAUUUUCUACCCAAUGAUGUUGCACCAAAGCGAAAAAAAUAGUGUGACAAGCUUAGGCUGUUUACUCUCCUUUUCUCAUCUGGUUGUCCUGCAUCAUGAAAGACAGAACGUCUGAAUUCUAUGCACUUGUAGAACGUAUAAAGAAAAGAAGCACUGUUAAAACAAGAACAAGCCCUCUCCUUGCUUCUAAAAAGACAGCUUCCGAGUUUUCUAGGAUGUCAGCUCAGUUGGGACGUAAUAUUGCUUCUACUUUUGAAAAACUUGACCAGUUAACUUAUUUGACCAAGAAACAGCCAGAUACGACAGAAAUCAAUACACUUACACUUUCUAUCAAGCAAGAUAUUACUAAACUCAAUCAACGAAUCAAAAUAUUACAGACUGUUCAACAAGGACAAAAGAUAUCAAAACAAGCUUCUGAGCAUUCAAAUAACGUGGUUGUAUCACUGCAAAAUAAAUUAGCGAAUGCAUCACUUGGGUUUAAGGAUAUUUUGGAAUCAGAGGUUCAGCAUACGGAACAGCGUAUACCAGUGCAAACCACAUCACCUCAACCCCGUCGUAGAGUAAAUGCAGCUACUCAAGAUAUAUAUGAUGAUUCUCCACAAUCCCUUGGUAUACCCAUGAUUUCCCAACAUCAACAACAAGAACAGGUCAUGAUGGAAACGAAUGAUAGACGCAUAGAAACAAGGACAAAUACAAUGGAGGCUAUUGAGAGUACAAUAGCAGAAUUAGGCAGUAUUUUUCAACAAUUGGCUACUAUGGUAGCAGAACAAAGAGAGACAAUCCAAAGAAUCGAUCAAAAUACAGAAGAUAUAGAAAUGAACGUAUUAGGAGCACAGAGUGAACUACUUAAAUAUUACAAGAAUAUCAGUACAAAUAGGUCAUUGAUCAUAAAGGUAUUCUUGACUAUAAUUAUGUUCUUUUUGCUAUUUACUUUUAUUAUGUAAAUAAAUAAAAUAAAAUAAAAAAAUUAUAAUUCUUCUUUU